ACAAGUGGUAACGAUAAGCGUCGGCAGUUAUCGGAGUUCCUUCACUGGCCUUGCAAGAAAUCUCCGUUGCAUGAAGCAGACGCGUGUGGUGGAUGCUCAUCGAAUGUUGUCAUGUCCUUUCGUAAGACGCUCUGGAUACUCAUAGCUUACAAUGUCGUGGUCGAAAAGGGGAGCUUCACAAGUGACGUACUGGUGGCGUAUCGUGCUGGAGGGCGCACAAUGAAUGAAGAGGUGAGUACAUCGAGCGACAACGUUACCGUAACGGCGAUCAAUGAAGAUGCCCCGGACAAACUCGAGGCUCCAUUGUCUCCGCCACUUCAUGUGGCGCAGCUCAAAACACCCGGUGAAAUAAUAUGCGACGAUGACUUGGUGGAGGAGAAUGUCAUGCCGGCUCACAAGAAAAGACCAUCCGAACAAGGUACAAGCAGGGAAACUGGGCAGAAGAAAGCCGAAGAGGAACUGGCGCAAAGAAUGCUGUACUCGAGGAAAAAAGUUUGGAUCCGAAAGACGGGUAUUCCUCAGUGCAAACAUCUUCCUUUCUUGCCGAUCCAAGUCGCGCCUGCAGCCAAAGCCGUGCGCCAGCCUCAGCUUCCGCUGUUGCAAGUCUAUGGCACUUACGAAAUUCUACCUGCAUAGCCGAAGCAUCGGUCUAUGACCUCUGCCACGCCAGAGGGCUUCUCCAAGAUCAAAUGGAUAGCUAUAUUGCUGUUUGCUUAUUUAUCGACGAUGCAUUCAAUCAAUAGAAGAGAGUACCGA